UUGGUGUCCCCAUGGGAGACACCAUCAUAUGCAGAUACUCUGUUCUGCACCCUCCUCCCCUUAAGUUCCUCCACCAGCUUCUCAGAUUAGACAGUGUAUCUAAUGCAAGCCUGUGCAGGGUACUAAUCCCACAUACAAGUACUGACGAAGGCAGAGUAAGAGUUCAUGCACACAAAGGAGACAUAGUUUUACAAGUAUGAGCAACUUUGGGUACCGAAAAGAGCUCGGCAAGUAUGAGGACAUAGAUGAAGACGAACUUCUGGCCUCCCUGACCAGCGAGGAGCUCCAGGAGCUGGAGAAGGUUAUGGCUGAAAUGGAACCUGAUGAGAACAUCCCGACUGGGCUAAGGCAGGAGGACCAGACGGCCAAGCGGCCAACAGGCACUUUUUGCCGAGAGGCUCUGCUGAAGUACUGGGAGGAUGAGACUCAUAGAUUGCUAGAGGACAGCAUGGAUGAGUGCCAGACAGAUAAGAGCGAACAGGAAUGUGGCAGUGAAGAGCCUGAGGAUAAUGAAGAGGAGGGAGAGCAACAAAAUAGGGGGUUUAGAAAGGGGGAUGAUGGGGAGAAAGAAGUUAGGUCAAGCAAUUGGAAUUUUGUGGACUUAGAUUGCAAGAGGAAUGGCAUUAGUGGUCGAAAACCUAAUGGCAUCCAUAAAGGUGCCCUCCACCAUCACAUUUCUCCAGAUAGGCCAAGUGGUAACCCCACUGAUAUUGACAAGACCUUGGAGAACAUCUUGAGUAACGACACCUCCUUGAGCGAAGUCAACCUAAACAACAUUGAGAACAUAUCCCAAGGGGUUUUAGUGAGUUUUGCUAAUGCCUUAAUCUCAAACACUCACGUUGAGGUUUUCAGCAUUGCAAACACCCAUGCGGAUGACCAAGUAGCUUUGGCCUUGGCCAAAAUGCUGGAGAAGAACUGCAGCAUCACCAACCUUAAUGUUGAGUCCAACUUUAUUUCGGGCAAAGGUAUCCUGGCUUUGAUUGGGUCACUUCAGUACAACACCACACUGGUGGAGCUCCGAUUCCACAACCAGCGGCAUAUCUGUGGAGGCCAAGCGGAGAUGGAGAUGGUGAAAUUGCUGAGGGACAACACCACCCUGUUGAAACUGGGAUACCACUUUGACUUACCUGGCCCAAGGAUGAGCGCAACUGGUAUUUUAACCCGCAACCAGGACCGCCAGAGGCAAAAGCGGCUACAGCAAAGGAAAAAGCAAGACCAUUUGGAAAGAAGUGACGAACAAUCAAAGACAUGGGACACUAUGGACAAUACGCAGUCAUUUCAAUUCCAUAUUUCAACAGACAAGGACACUACGCUAGCGAAGCAGAACUUUGUCUCUUCUCAUUUACCACAACAACCUCACAGUCAACCAAAUGGUGUGAAGAAUGUGCUAACUAGGAAAAUUGCUGAAAUGGUCAAGCAACAAGAAGAAACCUCAAUGGAUGGUGUGGGUCGAAACCAGACUAAUUCAAAUAAAGGACACAAACUCACAGAGGACAAACAGGGCAAGAACAUUCUUCAAGAUGAAAAAAUAUUAACUUGGAGAAGAAAUAAUCUGGGAGGCACCCAGGGGUCAACACGUGAUGAUCUAUUGGCAGCCAUUCGUGGCAGCAGCAUGGGUACACUACGAAGGGUCACCAAUCAUCAUCGUUCCUGAGGUAUAAAACCGCUCUGAUAAAAUUAAUCUAUUUAACAAAUAACACAAAUUAAACCUUUUGUUCUUUUAUCUGCCGUUGAAUUUGACAGGUUAUUUAUACGUAAUUUCUUUACACCAACAAAAGGGUUGGUGUAAAGAGGUUGAUCCUGUUUGAUCCAAUAAAUUUAGCCAAAGGAAAAAAAAAUAGGAACUACUACAUAGGAAUUACUAAAAAGAAAAGCACCGUAUCUCAGGUUUGUAAAUAUUACCAUUUAUUUAAGUAUAGAAUUUAGUGUUUUCAUUCCACAUUCCAACCCUUUUGUAAGAUUUGAUGUCAAUUUUACAAAUUUUUCAUCACUUUCCUUAACGGACAAGAACAGAAAAUUCAGUUCAGACAGACAAUACUGUUAAACCAGCAUUAAUUGUACACAAAGGUUUGUUUUUUUCCUUUACCUUAAAUGUAGUUGUCAGUCCAAGCAUUGACCUGUAAAAGCUUGUAACAAAUGGAAGUUUAAACUGUACUUUGUGAAGUGCUUUUUUUUUUUCUUUUUCAUUUUCUCUUGAUAUGACUGGAAAUUCUGUAUUUGUGAAUUGAUGGCUUUUCACAUUCAGGAGCAAGCUGUACUCAUGACUUUGCCGGUUUGAAUUCACCAUAUAUUAUUUUCUUGUUAAUAAAGUGAAAUCAAAAACUCCAAAA